CUUAUGACGUUGAACAACUUGCGGCGGAAGGCGGUUAUAAUUGUACGUUUUGUUAUUUAGUACUGAGAAACAUUGGAGGGGUUGGUGGUGGUAAAGGUGGUUGUUGUCCAAAGGAAACAACAGUAAAUUUAAGCAAAUCCAAACUAGAAAAAACAAAUAAACCACAAUUUAACUCCUCAAAUAUUAAGAACAUUUUUAUACAAAUUAAACAUUUAAUUAGUGCGAGUGUGUGUUUUUUGUGUAUAAUUGUACAAUUCCAUAAUGGCCGAUUCCGGUGGCAGGCAAUAUCAAAAAUUACCUCCCGGAUGGGAUUGCAAAUAUGACCAGACGACCGGAAAUUGCUACUACAUAAACUACAUUACCAAGGCGAUGCAACUCGAGGAUCCACGUUCACGUUAUCGUCCUUUGCAAAAUGAAAGAUGCUCAAAUGAAUCUAUAGCCAUGCAUUCUUUUCAUGGCCCAGGCGGUUCGCCAUAUCAUGUCUAUCCAACUAAUAAUAUGCCAGCAAUACGGGCCUUCCAAACACCAAAUUCUAGUCUUCAUCACAUGUCUACCAGUCCACUUUUGACAUCUUCCAGAACACAAUUGAUCAAUGAUAUGUCUCCAAUACCCGCACCUAAAUCUCAAUAUGCUCAAGCUCCACGCACAGUCAAUAUGUCCAGGCGUUCAACAAUACAGGAAACUUCGUUUACAAAUCAAAUUGAUACAGAUGCGGUGGUAAAUAAAAUACAAAAUAUGUUUCCAACUGCAAGUGAAAAUCACAUACGACUACUUUUGAAGAAGUAUUAUAAUCGCGAAGCAGUUGUCAUCAGUGCUUUACAAGUUGAAAAACAUCCGGUCACCAUGCCAGGACCUUACGUCACACCACCAGCUCAACGACAUUUGUUCCAUAGCAACUCGGCCAUUCAUAUGACACCACCAGCACGUCGUUUUGAUACUGGUGCCCACUUACGUGGCCUCGAAUACACGUGCUAUUCGCGUACAGCCAGUCCGGUACCAUCUGGGCGUCUUGGUAGUGUCAUUAGUAUAAAUAGCGGUGGUCACGGUAUUAUGGGUCAUAUGGCCGUACCGCCAUAUCAGCCCUCGCCACGUUUUGGUGAUCAAAUGCGCAGCUCACCUAAACCGCAUUCGUCACCAAAAAUGAAACUGAGAUAUAUGAAAACCAUAUUCCCAAAAGCCGAUGAAACUUUAUUGCUGGAUGUUUUAGCCAAUGCUGAUAAUAAUGUACAAAAGGCUUCCGAGAAAUUGAUCUCAUUAGGUUAUAUAAAGAAAGAUUUUGCUCCGCCACCAAAACUCAUCAAUCGGCCACAAUACGAUUUGGCUGAAUAUGCCAAGCAGGUUACAGAGGAUGAGAUUAAAAUUAUACCAUUACGUCCCAAGGAGUAUACAGAAGAAGAAAAAGAGGCCAUUAAACGCCAUCUCAAGGAGAAAUAUCCCCAAAUAGUUGAUCAUAUAUUGAUCAUGGCUUUGGAGUCGGUAAACUACGCUGAAGAUCGUGCCAUGCAAAUUUUGCAAAUAGUAAAAGAUGAGGAAGAUCAGCAAAAACAAAAGACACAACAGUCUAAGCAAACAUUAUCAACAACAUUAGAAUGCAAACAUCAUGAAGAACUAGAUGGUAUUGGCAAUAUGACUGGUCAUGUAACCAGCAGACCUAUAACCUCAAUAUUAAAAACAACUGAAGCCACUUUACGCAAAGAAAUUACAAUCAACGAAAUCCCGGAAAUUUUUGAAGAUAAAAUGGAUACAACGAAUUAUCACACGAAUAAUUAUGAUACAAUAACGCCAUCUAUACGCUCAACUUUAAAACUGUCAGCGGUUACCAUGUCCACAAAAAGUAUUUUAGAUCGUUAUCGGUCGAAUAAUAAAAUAAGCGCUAAUGAUUUUAUACGUGGAACUUACCCUGUAACAACUGUAAUUUGGGAUAAAUUAUCCCCUCAUUCUCGAGAUAAAUCUGAUUCGUUAAAGCACUCCCAUCGAGACCACACCGAUGCAACUACAGACAAGCUAUGUAAGGAUUUUAAAUCUUUAAUGGGUCGCAUACAAACAAAUGGUCCCAAUGACAGUUUAGCAAAAGGACCUAAUGAAGGUUUAUUGUUAGCCGAUUAUGUUACUUGGAAUGGUGCAAAUCCCGAUUUCUGUCAAGGCCAACGAAAUCUUGCCAAUGGCCCCGAUUCAUCAAUGCUUAGCGAACGUGCUUAUAAAUCCUACGGCCAUAAUUCCGAUUUGUGUAAGGGACCUCAAUUGAGCUUGGCCAAGGGCAGUAUUUAUGCACAACAAAAUUCUGCUAACGCCAAUAAAUCCCUUGAUAUUAAAUGCAAUUAGAGAGCAAAUUGCAAUAUAAACGAAUUUAAUAUGUAUUUGUUUUUCCAAAAAAAUUAAAAAAAAUUAAGAAUUUGUGCCAAAAAUAUCAAUACUUUAUGCUUCUUAUUUAUAAAAUCCGUCUUAUUAUUAAAUAAAAUAUAAAAUAUUUAAAUAUAUAGAAA